CCAGUUUAAUGACUCUGGAUUGUCACAAUAUAAAAACAGGAAACGUACUUCCUACAAACUGAAAAAGGUUUCCUCCUGAAAUACAUAUUCGCAUGAAGCACGCAUCAUUCAGAUACAGUGGUGCAUUGUAUUCUUCAUUUAUGUGCAUCUAUGUAACACGCUGUCCAUCAUCGGUCGCUCAGCGGCGCGCGGACACACACAGCCGCUGGAGCACGGAGAAUAUCCCGGAAAUAUUAUAUUUCGCAGAUCAUUAUAAUUUUUCUCGGCUUGGCGUGUUCCAGUCGAUGUCGUAUUUACUGUCGUGCGCGCUGAGGUGACUGACGCACCCCUCCUGUGAGAGAUGGUUCAGCCUCCUUUGAUCACGCGACAGCACCGGAGAAUCUGAGGUGUUUUCACCGGAUCGCGCUGAGAGCAGGCUGCAGCGGCGGCUCCGGGGGUCUGACGUCACUCGCUCUCCGCCGCUGAUGUUCCGGUGAUGAAGGCUGACAGAGGACGCGUGUUCCGCGGUGAAACAUGACACAGACCGAGAGCGAGAGGCGGCGGCGCUUGUGUUUCUGACACGGUUUGAGCGGAAUCACAAUUCACCGAUCCUCAGCGAUCCUCGAUGCGUCUCUGCGCCAGCGGAUUAUCAUUCAUUUGUCUGAUGCGUUCAUGAACUGUCACCUGAGAAACAGCCGCAGGACUUCAUGAUUCUGAGCCGCAGCGUCUGAUGGUGAGCUGCGAGUGUCCAGAGCUGUCAGGAUCCGGAGAGUAACGUUAAACCGGCCGCAGAUGAAGGAGGCGUGUCGCAUCUGCGCACACGAGCUGCGCGGAAACCAGCGGCGAUGGAUCUUUCAUCCGGCCGCCAAACUCAACCUGCAGGUGCUGCUGUCUCACGCGCUGCGCCGCGGUCUGCAGCGGGACGGACGCCGCGAGUUCAUCUGCAGCAAGUGCUGCUUCAUGCUGGACCGCAUGUUCCGCUUCGACACGGUGAUCGCGCGCGUGCAGGCGCUGUCCCUCGAGCGGCUGCGCAGACUCCUGCAGGAGAGAGAGCAGCUGCGCCAGUGCAUCACUGCGCUUUAUAACAAAAACAAUGGGCUGGAGUCAUCGGGGCCGACGGAGGCGGUGCACGGCGAGUACUGUGCGCUGCUGCAGGAGGAUCUGAUGUACUGCAUGCAGGAGUCCUGGGCAGGAGACGAGGAGGAGGCGCUGGAGUGCUCCCACAAUCCUCGGUGCAGCAGGUGCAGGGACUGCAGGGCGCUGCGUGUGCCUGACUCGCACUACGAGGCCGUGUGUAAGGUGCCCAGGAAGGUGGCAAGGAGCAUCUCCUGUGGCCUGUCGUCGCGUUACUCGGCCAGCGGUGCUGACGAGCAGACCACGACCUCGAACACACUCCUGCCUGAGACGAGUCUGUCAGACAGUCAGAGCAAACUCCGAGACUGCGAGAGCUGCGCCGUCUCACUGCAAUCGCUGGACAAGAGUCACAGAGCGUCUGAGGAGCGUCUUGCUGCGUCUGAGGAGCAUCUCGGAACGUCUGAGGAGCGUCUCGCUGCAUCUGAGGAGCGUCUCGGAGCGUCUGAGGAGCGUCUCGCUGCAUCUGAGGAGCGUCUCGGAGCGUCUGAGGAGCGUCUCGCUGCAUCUGAGGAGCGUCUCGGAGCGUCUGAGGAGCGUCUCGCUGCAUCUGAGGAGCGUCUCGGAGCGUCUGAGGAGCGUCUCGCGUUCGCUCUGUCGCUGCUGCAGGACUGUGUGUACAGGCCCAUCCGGACUCAAAGGGGCAGCAAGCUUCCUGUUUUGAUGAAUCCUGCUUUUUCUAAUGAAAGAGAUACAUUGGACAGUCCAGACCAAGAGAACCUGUUUGACGGAGCGAACCGCAUGCUGGAGGAGCCGGAGCUGGGUCUGGUGCUGGAGGAGCUGUGGGAGCAGGAGGAGUACCUGCCCUUCUGUCUCAGGAGCCUCCCGAAGAGUCUGAUAGAAGAGCAGCAGCUGCAUCAGUACGAGCACGCCGCUGGACAGUGUGUGAAUGAACUGCAGCAAGCACAGCUACAGCUCGAGUCUCUGCAGAACCAGAUCCACGAGAGCGAGACCAGCAACCAGGUGCUGCAGGAGAAACUGUGUGAGAUGGAGUCAGAGCUCCGGUCCAUCAGACAAGCUGCUCAGAACCAAGAGAGAACCAUCCAGAACCUCACAGACAGCCUGAGAACUAAAGACACAGAGACUCAGGAGCUGUACCACGUGAUUGAGGGCCAGAACAACACACUGCGUAAAAUCACAGAGACCCACCAGCAGCAGCUGCAACACACACAGACUCCAGAGGGUGGUGUGGACUCGGGUUUGGUUCUGGGCUCCCAGAGUUCUCUGUUCUCGUGUCAGCUAGAGUUGGAGGCGAGUCAGCGCGCUCACAGACUGACUCAGAGACGUCUGGAGGAUCUGACGCGAGAGCGAGAGCGACUGCAGAAUGACUUCCAGGAGGCGCUGCAGCACAGAGACGUCAGCCACAAACACAACCAGGAGCUGCGUGAGAUGGUUGAGCAGCUGCGGUCUGAGCUGCAGGUCAAAGUGUGUGAGCUGAGAGAUUGUGAAGCCUCGACUCGCUCAGAAAUCACUGACCGGGACAAAAGCAUGGCACAGCUCCAGCAGAGCUUAUGCCGCAAAGACGUGCUGCUGCAGGAGUAUGCAGAGCUGCAGAAUGACUCGUGUGACUCCAGCGGCCGCGAGGACAGAGACGCACUGCUGCAGAUGCUGAGGAGCCGCAUCCGAGACAGAGACGCCGUGCUGGAGCACUCAAUUGAUGAGAAGUUCCGCUGUCUGGAGGAGAAGGACGGUGAGGUGCGUCGACUGCAGCUGGUGCUCCGCGAGAAAGACCGAGACCUGGAGAGACUGCGCUGCGUCCUCGACAACAACAACGACACCAUCACGGGUUUGGAUGCUCUGGUGCACAGUAAGGAUCUGGAUCUGGAGAGAACACAGGAAAGCUGCCGGAAACUGGAGUGGAUGAAACAGCAGAGCGAUGAGAAACACACACUCGCUGUACGGGAGAGAGACGGCAUCAUUCAUCAGCUGCAGACGGCGCUGCACUCACACAGCAGAGAGAGCGAGGAGCUCAGGUCAGUGCUGCUGGGAGAAGUGUCCGCCACUGACGUGCUCCAGGAGCUCCAGUCCCAUCUGUCCGUGAAGGAGCAUCUGUUUCAGGAAGUGAUGUCAGACCGCAGCCGGCAGACGCAGGAACACCACAGACAGCUGACGGAGCUGCUCCACACCAUCAGCUCCAGAGAUCAGGACAUGAAGGAUUAUGGCCAGCGGUUGGGCCGGGUGAUUUCCGAGCAAUCGGGUCAGUUGCAGGAGUUGCGCCGACAGCUAGCGUCACGAGAACAGGAGCUGAAUGACGUGAACAGGCAGCGAGAGAAAGAUGUUUCUGCGUCCAGGGAGCUGCAGAGACUUCAGGACGUUCUCAAGGAGAAAGACGCCUUUAUACAGGAGUUACUGCGGGGUCCAAGUGAGAUGUUGAACUCCACACUAGCACCAGCUCAUGCCGUGUGUACGAGCAGCUCAGGUGAUCUGGAUGUACAAGCCAUCAGAGAUGAACUACAGCUGACCCUGAAGAAAGACAGAGAGACUGAGCGGGAGCUCUCAGAGAUGCGCUCGGUUCUGGCUGCAGGGCGUUACGACACAUCAAGCUCUGAUCAGCAGUGUGUCCUGCAGCAGCUCGUGUCGGAGCAGCAGGCGCUGAAUGAAGCUCUGAGAGCAGAGAAGAGUGUUUAUGAGAAGCUCAGACGUGUCCAGAGUCAGGACGACAGCAGCGCUGAGAAGCCUGGCGCGCUACACGCCGAACUGGACUCGCUUCAGGCGCUGCGCCAACAGCUGGAAGAAACCCUGACGAGGGCCCGCGAGACGGCGCUGGUGCUGGAUCGGGCCGCGCUGAUCCAGACCGACUAUGGAGAAUCCAGCAGUGAUGAAGAUGAAGACGAUCGUGACAGCAGCAGCAGUGAGGAGUUCCCAGACAGCAUAGAGGACGAUGAGAUCAAACUGACGGCUCAGAGUCUGACAAGCGCGCAGAGAGCUGAGGAGUUCAGCAGGGAGCUGAUGUCUCACAAUGCAUCAGAGCAGAGAAACCAAGAUGAAAGUGAGAUGGGCUGCUCCUCACUCACUCGCUCCAGGAACGCUCUGAAUGAAGACGAGUCUGGAUUAGCAGCGGAUGAGGAGGAAUCUGUCAGGUGUCGAGGGUCGGAGAAGCGUGAAACAGAACGGCCAAACUCCCGUGAGCCUCAGAGAGUUUACCGUACGUUCCGAGAGGAGGAGGAGGAAGAAUAUGAUGAUGAAGAUGGAGAGGAAGGGGAAGAUGUAAGGGGCCCUCAGGGCAAGCGUGGGCACCCGAGUGUGAAGCUGCGGGAGCGGAGGUGGAAGAGGAGGUGCACCAGACCUCAUUCUUUGGACCUCGGAGCUCUGCUGUCUCAUACACCUGCAGCCCAGCACACAGUUCAGGAUGUAGGAAUGAAACCGGAGGUCGUGGGUGACAGCAGCGGUUUGAGCACAGGAGGGGGUGGAGCCAUCAGCUUCUGGCAGCACGUGGAGGUGGGGCUUCGGGAGCAGGCGGAGCGUCUCCGUAGCGACCUCGCCGUGAGUCGUCAGGAGAGCCGCGAGCUGCAGGAGAGACUGAUGGUGUCAGAGGCAACGGUGCAAGCGCAGGCAGAACAACUGAAAGACUACAGAGAGCUGCUGACUGAGAGCGCCGUGCAGCAGGACAGUAAACAGGUGCAGGUGGAUCUUCAGGAUCUGGGAUACGAGACGAGCGGCCGCAGCGAGAAUGAAGCUGAGAGAGACGAUGCCAGCAGCCCCGAGUUUGAUGAGCUGGAGAUGGGCGUCUCUCUCUCGGUUUCGGUGAGCAGACGCAGUGGCUGGAACGUAGACAGCGAUGGUACGCAGACAGACGACCCGUCUUCGCUGAAGCGUCUGGUGCAGGAUCUGCGUUCACAGCUCUCUCGCUGCCACAAAGUGAUCCACGGCCUGCAGCUGCGCAUCCGCUCGCUCUCAAACACCUCCGACUACGCCUCCAGCCUGGAGUGCACGCCGCGCAAGGUGAACUGGGCGUUUCAGGUGAGCUCGGCUCACAGCGGUGCGGACGAGGACGAGGGCUGGCAGUCAGACGGCCCGCUGAGACCCAGCCGCGAGCUGCAGGAGCUGGUGAGCCGCGUGACGCUGCUGGAGAUGCAGAUCAGGAGCUCUGCACAUGAGGGAAAGAGCGGCCCGGAGGACGUGAAAUGUGCCACCUGGCCCGGGAAGUACAACACACUGAUCCAGGCACAGGCACGAGAGCUGUCACACCUGCGUCAGAAGAUGCGAGAGGGCCAGGGCAUCUGCCACAUCCUCACGCAGCACCUGAGUGACACGACCAAAGCCUUCGAGGAGCUGCUGCGCGCCAACGACAUCGAUUACUACAUGGGCCAAAGCUUCCGAGAGCAGCUUUCCCAGAGUUCCUCACUCGCUCACAGAGUCAGCACCAAGAUCAGUGGACGUGAUCGUUCAGAGCAGCAAGAUGAUAAAACGGGUCACGAGCUGCUAGCGCUGAGGUUGAGUAAGGAGCUCCAACACAAAGAUCAAAUCAUCGAGUCUCUCCACACCCAGUUACAGCAGCGUUUGGCCACGCCCUGCAGCAGCCACGCCCCCUCCGAGACAACAGACCAAUCAGACUGCACCUCGUUUGGGUCCAACGAGAGAGGAUCUACCAAUGAGGACGUGGACCUGUGCUCAGAUAUGGAUGCCGCCAGCGAGUUUCCACAGGAGGAGCCCCGACCCAAAGACAGAGGUGUGUUCACAGGACUCUUGCCCAGCUCACAGCCUCUGAUCCAAACCCAGAGCUGGCCUGCUCACUCUAACCCCAUGACCUUUACCCCCCUGACCUGCCCUGACCCCGAGCGCAGGAUCCUGACUGUCCCAGCACAGCGGAGGCCGCCCAUGAGAACUUUCAGCGCUCCUCACUCGCUCUCCAGCUAUCAGAUGACCGUGCAUUCCAUCGAUUACGCGCCUGUAUCCCAUCAUGCACUGGGAAACAGUGGAGGCCCAUCUCUGCAAACAGAUGCAUUGUGGGACAUGGAGAAUAUGAUUCAACCAAUUAGAGGUUUUGAUGGAUCAUCUUAUUAUCAGUCUGGCAACAGCCAAUCAGGUGUGUGUGUGUGUUACUGUCCAGCCGCUCAAUUAGCAUCUGUAUCUCCUCCUAGAGCUUUAAAGCUACAACCACCAAACUCGGCUCAGACCUUCAGACUAGAACAACUGCAGCACGAGGUGACUUUACUCCUGCAGCAGUUAGCAGAGAGCAGACAGCUGCUACACGCCCUACGGAGUGAACUACAGCUGUACGACCGCGUGUGUGGUGUGAGAAAGAGCGCCGCUGCAGGGUUGGUGUGUGGCGUGCGCUGCCCGGCGGUGGAGCUCGGGGAGCUGCUGGUGGAGGUUCGGGCUCUAAGGGCCCAGCUGGAGCGCAGUGUACAGGAGAACAGUGCUCUACAAGCUCAGCUGCAGAAACAGAUGGAUCAUUGCAUCGAUCAGCGCCCGUCGCUCAUCAUCCCGGCCAGUCCGCUGCGGGACGUGCUUUACCGCCGACAGCUUCUGCAUGACCCGUCUCCUUCUCCUCCUGUCAGAGACGUGGGGCCCCUGUACUCGCCGUACUCAGAGAUGGAGGAGAGCGCUGUGAACACUAACGACUCACUGGAGCCUCAUGCGGAUCUGGAAGGAGAAGCUCCGGACGGCUCGUUCGCGAACCGUAACGGGCGGCACGCCAUCGGUCACGUGGACGACUACAGCGCCCUGCAGCAGCAGGUGAUGGAGGGCCGGGCGCUGGUGCAGCGGAUGGAGGCGGCGCUGCAGUCGAGUCUCAGCUCUGCCCUGCUGGAGAUCAGCGGAGGAAAGGCUCUGGACUACAGCACAGUGAAGACGCUGCUCUCCGACACCAAGACCUUGCGUCAGAUUCUGGACGAAGCCGUGUCUCUGCUCAAGAUGUUCUGGCGGGCGGCGCUUCCGAGCAGCGACAGUCCCGCUCUUCUCAUUCAGAGGGAGCAGGUCAUGCGUGAGGAGAUCCAGUCACUGCGUUUGCGGAUCGCUGAACAGGAGGAGGUUCUUCAGGGAACCAUCCAGCGUCUGCGCUGCUCCAACCGAACCAAAGAAAGCAUGGAGACCUUCAUCUUCAACCAGCUUUCCCGGACGCGAGAUGUGCUGAAGAAAGCACGAGUGAAUCUAGAGAAGAAUGAGCUCAGGAUUUCUUCUCUAAGCUCCUCCUCUUCCUCUCUUUGCCAUGGUAAAGUCUUCACAGGUGCAUCCGCAGGUUCUUCUGCUCGGGGUCGCGUGACCCCUGCAUCUUCUGCGAUCGCCGUGGAAACAGCCAAUCUGCAGCAACCUGCCAAGAAGCGUGUCAGGGAGUGACAUGAGCUUUCUGCCUCCCGUUAAACCAUCUGACAACCGGUCAACACCUCUAACUCACCCACCUUACCCUCCUC